AUGGAGAAUGUGGGUGCAAAAAUGAUAAUUGACAAAGCGCAGCAGGAGUGGAUCGAAUUUGAUACGGCAAAUGAAAUAGACUCCCGAGCAACUGCAUCAUCAAAGAGGGAAAGACUGGUUCAGCAUACUUGGGAGCCACCCAAGGAGGGAGUCAUGAGGAUUAAUACGGAUGCAGCAGUUUCAGCUAAAAUGGUCAGGACCGGAUUGGGGAUAGUUGCAAGGAACUGGCGUGGGGAACUAGUGAAAGCUCGAGGAAUCGUUGGAAGGAGAAGAGGGAAAGCUGCCACAGAGGAAUCAUUAGCGAUCAGAAGUGCGCUGGAAAUGGCUCAAGAUGCAGGAUGGACAAAUAUAGAAGUCCAGUCUGACUGCAAAAAUGUAGUGAGCUCCAUUAAUACGGGCAAUGUUCAGGAUUGUAAGAUACAAACAAUCCUAGAAGACAUUGAGGCCCUAAAGAAUAGCUUUGAUAGUUGCCUAUUCUCUUUUGCUCCCAGAACUGCAAAUGGUUGUAGUCAUGCAAUGGCUCAAUUUGCAGUCAAGUUGGUUAGAAACAUUGAAUAG